AUGCACGAAGUCAUCACAUUACAAUUUGGCCAACAGGCGAACUAUCUUGGCACUCACUACUGGAACAUCCAGGAAUCCUACUUCACAUAUGCUGGCCAAGAAGAGUCUCCUGUCGACCACGAUAUUUCGUUCCGGCCAGGCAUUGGUGCCAACGGCGAAGAGACAUAUUCGCCUCGGACUCUCCUCUAUGAUCUGAAAGGGGCAUUCGGCACACUCAGACGAGAAAAUGCUUUAUAUCAGCUACAGGAACAAACAAACCCAGCACAACAGAAUGGGUGGAGUGGCGCGACUAUUCCACUGCAACUACCAGCUAUUCAACCAAGCUCAUACCAGCAAGCUCUGGAUCAAGGCCUCCAACCUCCCCAGCUUAGGACAGACACUGUUCGAUUCUGGUCAGACUACAACCACGUCUACUAUCAUCCGCGAAGUAUUUUACAGCUUAACGAAUACGAGCUCAAUAGUGCCCUAAUGCCGUUCGAAAGGUGGGAUACAGGUGAAGAACUUUUCGCCAGCCUUGAUCGGGAGCACGAUUUGCUAGAUCGUGAUCUACGACCCUUCCUCGAGGAGUGCGAUCAACUUCAGGGUCUGCAGAUAUUCACUGGGAUCGAUGAUGCUUGGGGUGGGUUCGCUGCAAAGUAUCUGGAGAGAAUUGCAGAUGAUAUGGGGAAAGGCUGCAGGUGGGUUGUAGGACUGCAGGAUGGCACAUCGGCGCCGAGGUCAAGACAGAUAACAAAGAUUGGCAAUGCUGCUCAGUCCAUACUAGCCCUGAACACUUCGGCGAGCAUGGAUCUGCCCCUAUCAUCAGCGCCCAGCAAGCUGCCGGCUUACCUUAAUCUAGAUGCCAACAGCAGAUGGCACACUGCUGCUCUGCAAGCUGCGAGUGUAGAGUCAUUGACCUUACCAACACGUUUGCGGAUGACAGCCGAGAGCGGUCGAGCGACCUUCGAUGAAAUGGAGACAACGCUGAGCAAAGAAGGCAAUCGCCGGAUAGGCGCCACAGCGCUCUCGCUUGGUCAGCCUGAAGUGCAGGAUGGCAUAUCAAUGACCAACGGCCAUCACGACAGUCGCAUGAGCAACGGGGUAGUACACGAAGACGACGACGAUGCCGGAGAGCAACAGGAGAAGCUUGACAUGGACCUAUUCCCUUCCUUCGACAUUGCAGGCAUGAGUGCUGGACAAUCAAACACCCGGCCCUAUGUAUUUGGCAAGACAAGGCUGCUUCGUGGACACCUACCAACAGAGGAAGAUCAGGAAGCUGAGCUUCGCGGCCGCAUUGGAGAAGGACCAAGAGUAGUAACAUAUCACACGAACCUGCUCUUCCCGUCGCUGUCGUCCUUUCCGCCCAUCGUGCGAUCACGCAGGGCAGAGACCUACACCGUGAAAGUAUUAGUCGCCACAGAUACGACAGUGGCAUCACGUAUCCGGUCUUUAGAAAAUCAUGCACGACGCAUAGUAGGGGUAGACGAGCGAGAAGCACUUUGCGACGGUCUUGCUAGUAUGGCAGAGGAGUAUGAGGCAGGGUGGAGUGAUGAUGAGGAUUAUGGUGAGGAUUGA